AUGAAUUGUUUCAAGCUUCCCAUUGGUUUGUGCAACGAGAUUGAGGGGCUAAUUAGGAAGUUUUGGUGGGGUCAAAAGGGAGAUAAGAGGAAAAUACAUUGGGUAAGAUGGGAGGAGCUUUGUAAACCUAAGAGUGAGGGUGGGAUGGGCUUCAAGGACCUUGCAUUAUUUAAUGACGCUCUCUUAGCAAAACAAGCUUGGAGAUUACUCCAUAACACUAAUUCCCUCUUCUAUAAGGUUUUCAAAUCGAAGUUUUUUCCAAAUUGUUCCAUCAUGGAGGCAACGGAGUGUCAUUCGGGUUCAUACGCAUGGAGGAGUAUUUUAGUAGGUAGAGUGGUGCUUAAAGAGGGCAUGAGAUGGAGGGUGGGCUCGGGUGCAAAGAUUAAGGCAUGGUCUGACCCCUGGCUGCCUUCAGAAUUCCUUCCAUAUGUCACUUCCCCACCAGCCAGGGGCUUUGAAGACGUCACAGUGUCAAGCCUUAUCAACCAGGAUCCAGUUUCUUGGAACAUGCCCUUGCUACAUGAUCUUUUCCACUCAAGAGAUAUCUCUUUGAUUAAGUCUAUUCCACUGAGCAACAUUGCAGUAGAAGACAAGCUCUUUUGGCCCUUUACUCCCUCGGGCCUGUACUCUGUUAAGUCGGGGUACCAUUUUCUUUGCAAAGCCCAAAGCCUAGAUGACCACUCUUAUCAACUAGAUUCGGAUGGUAUAUGGAAGAAGGUGUGGGGGUUAGCAGUGCAGCUGUGA